AUGUCAUACUAUCAGCAACCUCGCCAGGUCUCCUACUAUGGGGAUCUUUCCACAACAGCGGCUGCUCCCCAGAUGGCCAUGCCUUCAUACGACGCUUAUGCCGUCAGCGCAGUAUCCUCAAUGCAGAUUCCCACUGCCACCAUGGGAGGACCCGUGGGUGGAUCCCUACCGGCACAGCAUCGCGCCUCUUCUGGUGCGUGGAACCAGGACGAUGACAGGGCACUGCUCGCCCUCCGCGCCAUGGGCAAGAAUUGGAACCAGAUUCAGCGCGAGGCCUUCCCAAAUAAGACGGGCAAUGCCUGCCGAAAGCGUCACGAGCGGUUGAUGGAGCGCCGAGGUCAAACCGAUUUCGACAGUCUCAAACUUGAGCGUCUCAGCAAGGAGUAUAUGAGCAUGCGUAAGGAGAUCUGGAAGCCCUUGGCCGAUCGCUGUGGCGAGAAGUGGCACGUUGUUGAGGCACAGUGCAUGUCCAACGGUCUCAAGAACAUCCAGUCCCACGCUCGUUCAUACAGCCGCAAAGAACGUUUGGCAAACGGCCAAUCCUCCUCAGGAUAUGACGAUGAUAGCGGCAUCUCGGGAAUCGGUCUGACACCCAUUGAUGACGACGAUGUGGAUGACUACAGCAGCCCCGAGCCCUCUGGCUCCAUCCACGGCGGCGCACACUCUACUUCUGGCGGCAGCACCGGCAGCGGAGGCACCCCGUCUCACCAGGCAUUCGCUCAGAGCAACUACCAGAACUAUGGUUACCAACCCCAUCACGGCUACAGCAACAGCGUGUCAAGCACGGGCACUACUGGCGGAUAUGCCCACCAUGGCGGCUCGAGCCAGGGGACGAGUCCUUAUAUGGGUCACGGUAAUCGUCUUCCUAGUGUGGGCGAUAUGGGAAUCAACAAUAUCAUCAAUCGUGGCUCGGGACGUGAUGCCAACUGA